GUAACUUUUUCCGUUUGGAGUCUAUCAGAGGAGCUAGUGCUACAACUUUGCAUGUCGCAUUUGUGAGAAUACGUUAUUUCAUAUUUUGUGGUGAUUUGUUAUUAUUUAUCACUUUACCAUGAGUAAUUACGUACCAAAUGAAAUGGAGCAAGAACGAAAAUAUGCAGGUGAUUUAUCAGUUGCCGAUUCUGCGUCGUCAUCUAGGAAUAUGAGUUUUCGACAAAUGCAGGGAAUGACUGAACGAAUAACCGAGACGUUUCAGAGAUUACCACCAGAAACUCGAGAAGCCUACAAAAACUGCAUGCAAAGUGAUGCCAUUUACAAGUCUGCUCUCCCUUAUGGAUUAACAGUGGCAGGUGUAUCCUAUGUUGUAUCUUCUACACUUAAAUUUGGACAGUUUGGACAUGUGAUGACAGCCAUUAUGGGUUUAGUAGGAUACACCCUUGGGAGAUUAAAAUAUUCUGUAGUAUGCUUAGAGAAACAUGCACCUAGUAUCUUCCAGUUGAUCAAACGUGAAAAGUUUGUUCAAAAAGGAGGUAUGUUACAUGACAGCUUUGAUCAAGAAAGUGUGCUGUCCGAAUCAUUCGGCAACACAAAAGAGAAUGCCUUGACAUGGAACACUUACGAUACUUCUGGCAAUAGCAGUGAAUUCGUUACUACAAGUAAUGAUCUAGGAGAAGAGUUAUCAACAGAUGUACCAAUUAAUCUUAAACCGCAUACAACUUAUGAAGAUUUACGGAGACAGAACAGAGCAGAGUACUAUAAAAAAUAUCACGGUCAUGGACCCACGCAAAGAGAUCGACCAGUACAAGACAUAGAACUUUUGGAAGAUACAACUUUUCAAUCAGAGACCAGGGACACCAUUUGGAGUUGAAGUAAAUGGUAAGAGAACUGGAGAGUAUAAUAAAGAAUUUAUUGGUGCUCUAAGAUAUGGACAAGAGAGCGUGACGUAUACCUACCCUAAAGAAAUCCACGAUCCUUCGAAGAUGUUGGAACACCGUUAUAAAUUUGUAAUCAAUAAAAGGACAGAUUUUGUAUCGAA